CUUUGCACCAUCUCCACCUAGCCAUUUCGUCAAGGCCAUCAACUCACAAAUGUCUUUGCCCGAAAUCAGCGAUUCUGACAAGAUCAGAAAUGCCCUGAACCUGUACUCGCGAGGGCUUGACAGAAUUGAUGGAGAACUUUUGUUGAAGAGCGUAUGGCCGGGAGGUAUCAUCGACUACGGAGAACCAAAGGCUAUCGAAGAAUUCGUUGGAUUCAUCACCCCUCUUCUCUCUCGUCUCGGCCCAGGACAGCAUCAAAUCCACCAGAGUCUGAUACAAUUCGUUUCACCCACCGAAGCCAAGGUGGAGACGUAUUUCACUUCCCUGGGGAGAAUGCCAACAGAAGAUGGUGAUAUGGAUCAAGAAGUCAAUGGAAGAUACUUUGAUUACUUCGAGAAGAGAGGAGACGAAUGGAGAAUUAAAGAGAGACACCUGUUUCAGGAUUUUAUCAGGGCCAGAACUCAAUCAGUCGACUGGAGCAAGCCUCAGUUAGGGCCUAAUGUACCUUCGAAGAAGAUUGUCGGUCAAAAAGGGAAGGCUGAUCGCACAGUUGGCCUCUUUGCUUCGUCCUAGUCUUCUCUCGUUUCAGAGGGCAGGAGAGAAAGGAUCAAAGCUCUAAUAUCCUUACAUAUCGACUAUGUGAGAACUGACCCUUGUACGCGUCCCAAGAACUAUCCGACUCGGGUCUGUACUCCUACAUGCUCAGCACAGACUAUAGCGAGACCUACCCCUACACGUAGAUUUGAUAGUUUUGAAGUAUCCUUUGUACAAGACCUAUAGGAAUAGAGACCUGUCCUUGCGUUACCUAUCCUAGUGCUCCUAUACACCUUGUAGUGGAUACACACACGUUUC